UUCAAAGAGAGAUUACUUGGACCAACACAAGCUCCAUCGGAGGGUAAUGUCGCUUUCUAUGCCUACAUGUCCACCAGCCUGGUAAAUCCUAGCAGUUAUCACACCCUGAUCUUUGACACGGUCAUCACAAACGAUGGCAAUGGUUACCAUCCAAAUACAGGAGUUUUUAUCGUCCCAGAGUCUGGUCUCUACGUCUUUACAUGGGUUAUGAGGUUGUGGAAUCAUGCGACACACGGCACGGAACUGAUGGUAAACAAAAUCAGUUUGGGUUCGGUAUUCUUGCAUGCCGUGACUGACGACCACAGUGUUACGGGAGUAGUUGUCGCUCACGCCAAUCAGGGUGAUGACGUGUUUGUACGCACUCAGGGUGACGCUAAUAUCGGAAACAUCGGCAGUGAUUAUCACGGAAAGUCAUCCUUUGCUGGCUGGAAGAUAAACUGAUACAUGCUUAUGUUUACUUUUUACUGUUAUUAGUUUAUAU